AUGCCUACCAGACUCCCACGCCUGAGAGUGUCUUCCAGCUUCGUAUGCGCGCAAUGUCGAAAAUCUCUGACCUCAUCCAAGCGGCGACGUCUUCUAUCAACCACAGCAUCGGCAACACCUGAAAUCUAUGAUGUUGUGGCGGUUGGCGGCGGCCCAGCUGGACUUGCCCUACUCGCCGCACUCAAGUCAUCUCCUGUCACCUCACACCUGAAAACUGCACUAAUUGAGCUUCAAGACCUCUCCAAGCACCGCCAGUGGGCUUCUUCAUCAGAUCAGUAUUCAAAUCGCGCAAGCAGCCUCACGUCCUCGUCAGUCUCGUUUCUUGAGUCCACUGGCUCAUGGACACACGUCGAACAAUCCCGUGUCCAAGCCUACGACGAAAUGCAAGUGUGGGACGCUGCCAACGGCGCCAGUAUUCAGUUCGACUGGGCUUCCGAGACCAAACAGUACAAUGCGCCUCCACAGACCAUAGCCACAAUGUGCGAGAACGCCAACCUGACGCGGGGCCUGCUUGAACGGAUCGUCGAACUGGGUGCCGAAUCAAGUCUCCUUGCAAACACAAGCGUGUCCAGCAUUACCAACGGCGAAGACGAUCCAGAAGGCCUCAAUCUCUCGUCUUGGCCCGUCGUCAACCUCGAGUCCAAGUCUUCAUCAUCCCAUACUACUAGCGUUGCAGCACGCCUGCUCAUCGGCGCUGAUGGCUUCAAUAGCCCCGUCCGCGCCUUUGCAGGAAUCAACUCAUCGGGCUGGGAUUACAACCGACACGGCGUUGUGGCUACACUAUCGGUCCAAGACGGCCCGUCCACCUCUUCCUCGCACAGCCCAGAUGAAACCUCCGAUUUCGACUUCGACCUUUUCGCCUCCGAGCCUCUCCCCAACCGAGCAACAGCAUUUCAACGCUUCCUGCCACAACUAGGUGGGCCGAUCGCCAUCUUGCCUUUACCAAAUGGACACGCAUCGAUGGUGUGGUCCACGACCCCCGCAUAUGCCACUUACCUCAAAUCUCUUCCUGCAUCGGGACAACUAGCCAUGAUCAACGCCGCUCUACGGCUCAGCCAAACCGACUUGAAGUACCUCUUCACUCUCCCUUCUGACUCUCCUGACGCUCACGAGUCCGAACUCCGCUGGCGUCUUGCACACACGGAUGCGCCCGGCAUCGCGCGCCAACCACCGAUUGUCACGGGUGUGCAGGAGAACAGCAUGGCUAGUUUCCCGCUGCGCUUCCGCCACGCGACUAGCCUUGUCAACCCGCGCAUCGCCCUCAUCGGGGACGCAGCGCACACGGUCCAUCCUCUUGCAGGACAGGGGUUGAACCUGGGUCUGGCGGAUGCGCAGAGUCUUGCGACUUGCAUUGCGUACGGCGUCGAGCAUGGCAUGGACAUCGGCGAUGCUAUGGCUCUGGAACGGUUUUCGUCGGAUCGAUUCGGGAAGGGCUUGUUGAUGGCUGGAGGCGUGGAUGCAUUGAACUCCUUGUACCAGAUUGGUGCGAGUGGGGACGGUAUGUUGGCGAGUGUCGCUGGACGAGCUCGGGGUGUUGGGAUGAAGGUCAUCAAUGACCUUGUACCUGGGCUGAAAGGCUUGAUUAUGAAACAGGCAAGUUGA